CCCACCACGAGCCUGUCCGGCGUGACCAACCACAACCGCCAACAUGCCGCCCAAGAAGGCCGAUGCGCCUAAGAAGAAGAAGGCCACUGUCGAGGACAAGACUUUUGGCAUGAAGAACAAAAAAGGUGGUGCCGCCAAGAAACAGAUCCAGCAGCUGCAGGCCAUGGCCAAGUCCAACAAGGAUCCCGAUGCCAAGCGCAAAGAAGCCGAGAAGGAGAAGCGCGAGGCCGAGAAGAAGGCCGCCGAGUUGGCAAAGAAGGAGGCUGCAGACCUGUUCAAGCCCAUCCAGGUACAGAAGGUUCCCUUCGGUGUUGACCCGAAGACUGUACUGUGCAUGUUCCACAAGAAGGGUGGCUGUGAGAAGGGCAAGAAGUGCAAGUUCAGUCACGACUUGAACAUUGAGCGCAAGGCGGCCAAGAAGGAUCUUUACACCGACUCGCGUGACGCCGAAGAAGGCGAGGAGAAGAAGAAGGCCGAUACUAUGGAUAACUGGGACGAGGAGAAGCUGCGCAGUGUCGUGCUUAGCAAGCACGGUAACCCACGGACGACGACCGAUAAGGUGUGCAAGUACUUUAUCGAGGCGGUUGAGAACCAGAAGUAUGGUUGGUUCUGGGUCUGUCCGAACGGAGGCGAUAAGUGCAUGUAUAAGCACAGCUUGCCGCCAGGAUUCGUUCUCAAGACUAAGGAGCAGAAGGCCGCUGAAAAGGCCCUCAUGGAUAAGUCGCCAUUGAAUACUCUUACGUUGGAGGAUUGGCUGGAGUCGGAGCGGCACAAGCUGAAUGGCACCUUGACGCCAGUCAACCCAGAGACCUUCGCCAAAUGGAAGAAGGAGCGCCUGGACAAGAAGGCCGCCGAGGCGGAGGCACAGAAGGCCAAGGAGGCCACUGGUCGUGCGAUGUUUGAGAGCGGAGACUGGAAGGACGAGGAGGAUAGCAGUGAGGACGAGGACGAGGACGAUGAUGACCUCUGGAACUUGGCGGCCCUGCGGAAUGAGACUGAGAGACUGCGUGAGCAAAAGGAGGAGGAGCGCUUGGCCAAGCUCUCUGGGGUGGAGAUCCCUCUAUCAAAUGAUGAUGCUAUUGCGCAGGAGGCUGCUGGUUGA